CUUCUUCUCACAACAAUCCUCUCACACAGCUUCAAGAAAUCUUGAACAACAACACAAUCCCAGUUUUCUCUCUCUUAAUCUGUCCUAAAAUCAUCCCAAAAACCCACCAAUUUCACCAAAAUUUCCCAGAAAUCUCGAAAAAUCUCGAAAAAAUGGGUCUAACAAUCGUUUCACCAUCAGAACCCCACUUCAAAACCAAGAAACUCUUCCUCUUCAGCAACUACAUCCUCUUAGCAGCAGCAUCAAGCUGCAUCUUCCUCACUCUGUCCCUCCGCUUAAUCCCUUCUCUUUGCGGCUUCUUCUUCAUCCUCCUCCAACUCCUCACCAUCCUCGGCGCCUUAGCCGGUUGCCACGCCGCCAGCACCGGUGGCACACGGUGGUACGGGGCCCACAUGGCCGCCACAGUCCUCACCGCCAUCUUUCAGGGUUCAAUCUCUGUUCUUAUCUUCACUCGGAGUGACGAUUUCUUGGGGAGUCUUAAGUCCUAUGUGGAGGAAUCAAGUGGGGUUAUGAUUUUGAAGUUGGCUGGUGGGCUUUGUGUUGUGAUCUUCUGUUUGGAGUGGGUGGUUUUGACGGUGGCCUUUUUCUUGAAGUAUUAUGCUGUUGUUGAAGGUUGCGGCGGCGGUGGUGUUAAUGGAGGUUUUAAGAAGAGUUCUAAAGUGGGGAGUUCUGAGGAAGAAAUGGGUUAUUUGCCUUACCCUAAUGCAGUCUAAAUCAAGAAAUUUGAUUUUUCAAGAAAUUUUUUCAAUUCUUUGAGUUUAAUGGCAUUUUAUUUUGUAAUUUGAUUGUGAUUGUAAGAUUGUUUACUACUACUAUAUGAGCAAUGGAUGAGUUUGCUAUUAUACAUAAUAAUCAAUGAUCAAUAUUUUAUUUAUUUUAUUUUA